GCGAUCUUCAACAUUAUCCGAAACAUGAUGUGAAAAACGUAAAAAUCUUGUCGGAUCUACAGAGUUUCUCCUUAGUGUUACUUAUUACAAAAAAAACCCAGCCAUUUAGAUGCAACUAUUUUGGAAUUAAGGUAUUUUUAAGACAAAAUCAAAAAGAAAAAG